AGCCACAGUUUGUUUUGGCGGCAAAUAAAAUAAAAUGUUAUACUUUUUGAUUGUUCUACCGAUUGCCGCAUUCUAGAUGUACCUUCUAGAAUCGAGAGUGAUUACAAAACAACCAAAUUUACGAGCUACGUUUCAGUCUACAGGCUUUGUUUACCACAGUUCACUGUUCGUCGAUCAGUAUUUAGGUUUUUUAAGCUUGUAGGUCAUGAUGGUCGAGGCUGCUGUCAAGGACGAACUAGGACAGUUUUUAAGCAAGAACAUAUCUGCAGAAUCCUUAAGUUGUGUGGAUGAUAUCGUUCUUGGUUAUAUUGCAAGUGUCCUUGAAGAACUUGGAGAGGAUCAAGAAUUUGAUGUCGAUGAUUUUGCUGAAAUAAUGGCUGCCUACAUCCCAGGGUUUGAUACAGUCUCCAGGGAACAUGUUUAUAGUUGGAUGCUUGACUUGGCACAGAAACUGGGAAAGGCCAGAACAUCAAGUAAUCUAACUGAAGAAGCUGUUUUAAUGACAGAAGAAAAUUGCCACCGUUCACCAUCCAGUUUAGAGGGAGAUGUUUUACUAGGCAAUGAUGCUGUCAAAGAGGAUCAAACAGGGAAUUCAUUGGUUCUCUUAAGUUUGGAGAGACUUUGUAUAAAUAGCGAUUUUGAUGAAAGCGGUACGGUUACACUUUCAUUGAGUUCCAGAUACAACAACAAAGAAACUGGCGUUAAUGAGCAGAAUGUGGAGAGGGAAAGUACAGGAAAUAAUGGAAGUUACAGUGAAGAGGUAUUAGUGCUAGCAGAGAUGUUUCCAGAAGCCAGUUCAUUAGAAAUAAGGAACUGUCUGAUGGUUUCCAAUGGUGACAUUGAGUCUGCAGUGCAGCUGAUGCUCUUAAAGAAAGAGAACAUUGAUGAUGAAGGCAAGGAGAAUUAUCAUCGAGUUCUAGAUUUAUCUCCAAAGGUUCACUGUCCAAGUUCAAAAAGACAGGAGCUGCAGGAAGCGGAACAGCAAAGUCUCAAAGAACAAAUGAUGGCAAGAUAUGGGUAUGUUGAAGUCAGCCAAGAAGAAAAAACGCAUCAACCAACGCUUCGCGAACAGGGAGAAAAGAAACUGGUUCGAUAUCGCAACAAUCAAGUUGUAAGCACCAAAGGCGAGCGGUUUUCUCAUGUGAAACAAGAGGAAUCCGAAGAAAUGAAGAAGACGUACGUGAACAUAAAACCCGCGCGGAAAUAUCGCUUCCACUGAGUUUGGAACUCUGCUCGUGUGAUCAUGAAAGACGCGAAACAAUAAUCAUUUCCGUAUUCUGCGCGCUGAACGCGCGUGUGCUGGAAACACCUCCGCGAAGACGUUAAGGCGCACCCAAACUCGCCAAACAUUUCGAAUCAACGUAUUGCAACAUUGUUGUGGACAACAUGUUGCAUAAGUUUGUCUACCCUGUGACAACGUUAUGCAAGAUUUAGCAUGGUGCUAGAAGGCGGCCAAACGUGUAUUACAUGUCUUCGGCAACACUGUUGCUAUACAAAAUGUAUGUUGCAUAGAAAUGUUACAAUGUACAAAUGUACGUGUGUUUGGUCAAGCCUUUACAAUACGUUGACACUCCACUUCAGUUGCAAAGCGUAAUUUAUAUUAUUCGACCAUACUUGUGCAGAAACAAUCGAAACAAGGAACGAAGUCAAGCCAAGGGGGGAGUGUCUAUUGCGUGGCUGACAUGUUACACGUUCCACGCGCUGCAAGGACGACGAUAAAGGUGCUUUCGAAAAGCUUAGUGCCAAUGAGACAUACUUUAUAUCGAGUCGUGUCAUUUUGAACAAGAGAAACCGUGUUAGACUAUGUUUAUCUCUUUAUCACCAACUUUGAAUAGUUUUACCUGUACGUAAUUGCAUUUUAAUGCGUGGUAGUGGCCCGGGUAGCGGGUUUUUAGUUGGUUUAUAACCACUUUAUUUCAUGUCAUUUAUCACUUUUUGUGGUUGUACGUUUUCAGGGACCUUAUUAACAAGCGAUAACGCAGAAUUUACGACAUCACUGAGUGAUUUUUCACCGUGCGUGGCUCUUGAAGAAACCCACACGUUUGGUACUUUUAAGUGAUUUCUAUCUCUGACUUGCGUGGUCCUUGACAGCUUUUUCACAACUUGUCAUAUUUGCUUUUAUGGUUAAAUCCAAUGUUGAAACAGCAGUUGCAAAUACCUUUUUUGCAUCUUAGCACUUGUCAUUUACACGUCAUACUACGAGUUUGAAUCCUUGCUUUGUCCAAGGGAAAGUUGUGCGUGAGCAAAACCUAUAUCAUAACUCAAUCACGAUGUAGUAUACAAGUCACAUAGCAUAUUCUCAAUGCUUCAAUUAAUUAUUUUAUGACAGGUAAUCGUUUUGCCCUAUUCAGCGAACGAGCGCUGUGGAUGUAUACAGCUGUACGUGGAUUUCCUUAAGUGUGCAUUUAUAUUCUUCGCUGACGAUAGUUUUAAUGAUAAAGCACCCACCACAUUUUAAAACCUCAAUUUAAAAGCCGAUAAAAGCAUUUCAACAUAUCGGUAAUAACUUAAUGCCGUCGAAUGGGCACCUUUGCCUUUAUUUUGAAGAAAAACGUUUGGUAAAUUGAUUUAAAUAAAGUGCCAGUA